AUGUCGAUACGUCACAUGAUGUCGUCUUCGACGUUUUUGCCGCUUCUGUUUCUCGUUUCAGUGAGCCUUCUUUCCUCCGUGAGAGCAGCGCCAGCAGCGGCUAAGCCAUGGGGUGGCAUCCGCAUCGACAGCGGCGGCAUGAAGAACUUCACGGACAACUUCACCCGGCAAUGGUCGCGCGAUACCGGCUUCACGAGCGGCAUGGCGGGCACGCUGAACCUCACGGGCGUGCCGAACGAGUUCAACAUGCCCAUGUACCAAAAGACGACGCGCUACUACCUGUUCGCGCUCGAGAACUGCUACGAGAUGACGGUGCCCGCCGGACAUUACCUUAUUCGGAUGUUCUUCAACCCGGGACCCCCCAAUGAACGCGGCGAUCCGACCCGCGAGUUCGCGGUGUCCACGCUCUCCACUCAGAUCGCCAUGAUCACGCCGCGAACGCCCGGCGAGUUUCGCGAAAUGAUGGUAACCUACCCCGGCCCGAACGCGGAGCUGGACGUUUGCUUCGUCGCCAACCCUUCCGCACUGUCGGCGUUCGUCAAUGCCCUCGAGAUCCUGCCGAUCGACCCAGAGGCAUACGUGAAGGAUCCCAACUACAUUCUCUUCAACUACGUGCGGCUGCGGACGGGGAAGGGCAUGAGCUUUGGGGACGGAGUUAGCCUGCCGGAUAAGGACAAGGGCCACCGCCAGUGGUUCAACAUGUCCACCGCCAAGCUGCUCAACGAGCCUGUGACCGUCAGCUGCGAGCCUGCCUGCACCUACCUCGCGGUGCCGCCGGCCACAACCUUCAAGUUUGCUGACGUGGAGCCACACUACUUCCCCAGCAUCCUCUACUCGUCAGCCGUCACUAAUGCUGCCGGUGGCAAGAUCACGUACACGGUCACCAUCCCAGACAAGGGCUCCCGGGUGCUCAUCGUGCUACACUUUGCUGAGAUCGAUCCUGCCGUCACUGCUGCUGGCGCUCGGGUCUUCUCUGUCUUUGUCAACGGAAAGCCCACCCCGGAGGGUGACAACAUUGAUUUGUUCAAAUGGGGCAAGGGUCCCAAGGCGGCGCUCUAUAAGACCGUUGAUUGGCAGCUGGGGCCGGACGAAUCGACGGUGGAGAUCGUGCUGGCGGGCGCUGAGGGCGCAUCCAAGGGCCCUACUAUUGCGGGGCUGGAGGUGUUCCGGCUGGUGUCUCGAGGCCCUCGCACCAACGCGGAUGAGUUCAAGCUGAUGAGGAAGAUCCGCGACGCGCUGGUGGUGCCGGAGAUGAGCAACUGGCAAGGCGACCCCUGUGCGCCCAUUGCGUGGCCGGGCGUGGGGUGCCGGCUCACAGAGAAGAACGACUUCACCAUCACGGGCAUCUCGCUGUCAGCAUCGGAACUCGAUGGCUCAAUUCUUCCCGAAAUCCACCUUCUCAAGAACCUGCAGUACCUGAACCUGAGCAACAAUCACCUCUCGGGCAGCAUUCCGCAGUCACUCAUCGACCUGGAGCAGCUCACCAUGCUGGACCUGUCAGCCAAUGACCUCACGGGCUCCAUUCCUAGGGGGUUCAGCAGCAUGCCUGCUCUUAAGAUUCUUGACCUGCAUGACAAUGAACUCACAGGAGGUGUGCCUGCCGAUCUCUUCCCGCCUCCCCCUGGCGUCAUGAUUGAUUUCUCCAACAAUCCGGAUGUGUGUGGUACCACCACGCGGCCAGCGUGUGAGGCGCUGGGCGGGCCGGGGGUGAGCGACAUCACUAUAGUGCAGCCGACAUCCUCCUCCAUCUCGUCCACCCAGAUCGUGUGGAUCAUCACCGCCUGCAUCCUGGGCGUGCUGCUCAUCAUUGCUGUCGUGGUAGCCAUUCGCCUCAUCUUCUUCCAACCGCACCUACCACUGGAGGAUGAUGACCAAGGAGAUGGUGGGUUCUACAGCAAUGCAGCCCGAGCAUCAAGUACCUCGUCUGAUGACCUCGGGUCUGAAGCGAGCUAUGCAACCUCCUCCAGUCGCGGCUCCUUGAGGGUUCCUAAGCUGAGGUCGGGAAAGGGUCCUCAUCCCUCGGCGGCGCUUCCUGUAUUUGGAGCAUGGAACUCUCAAGCUCUCAAGAACCCGGAAGAGGCGGCGGCAGCGGCGGCGGCGGCGUCCGCAGCCGCGCGCCUGCGCUGCACUCCGAGCGUGCAGACCUAUGACCCCGAGAUCGACGGGGCCGCCGGAAGCGGCGGCGCGGGGUUCACCGCGAUGUUUGCGAAUAAGGGGAGGGAGAGACGAGCUAUGCGGAUCGUGGAUGGGAGGAUCAUGGAGGUCCCCAGUUGUGGCCAGCAGGUACGGGAAGCGGGGGUUGGGGAUGGUGAGGGUUUCACCGCCAUGUUUGCGAACAAGGGGAGGGAGAGGCGAGCUAUGCGGAUUGUGGAUGGGAGGAUUAUGGAGGUCCCCAGUUGUGGACAGCAGGCAAACGUCACCAUCUCCUCCUCCGGAUCAUCCGAGUCUCGAUCGCCCAGCCGUAUCCCUCACAUACCACCCGAUCAUCCUCUCUACCACCUCUACCACUCCCCACUCUCCGGCUCCCUGGACCGCCCGCGCGAGCCUAGCUCCCAGCCUCGGCAGUCGUACCUGCCAGGUCUGGCACUUGAGCCAAUCGCGUCCGACUCCCCUGCGCACUCUAUUGGUUCCUCUUCUUCCCACUCCGCAUUUGCUUCGAAUGCUGAAGACAUGUCAUGGGAGCAACCUUCAGCAGCACAGGCAGCAACAGCAGCAGCUGCAGCACAGGCACCACAGGCAGCACAGGCAGCACCACCAUCAUCAGCAGCAGCAUCAGCAGCAGCAGCACCAGCAGCAGCAGCGGCGCCUUCGGUAAAUCCCCUGUCGGCAGCAACAUCAGAGGCGCCUCAACAGCCGUCAAGUUCCCCACCAUCUCUUGCUGAACUGCAGUCUCUCAGGCUCAGGCUGGCUGCAGGGGAGAAUCUUUCCCCGCUGGAAAUGCAGCGGCUAACUGACGGCGUUCUUGCUCUCAUGUCCGCUGCUCCUGCUGCCGCACCUGCCACUGGUGCUGCCGUUCCUGCUCCCCUUCCUCCUCCACCGUAUCUUGCCCAUCCUGCUGGUGCGGGAGGGCAAGGGGGACAACUUGUGAAUUAUUCUGCGAAUCCUGGCAUGUACAUUCCGCAGCCGCACAAUGUGAUGGGAUUGAAUGGCCCUCCGCACGGCACGCAUGCAGCUGAUGCUCAUGGGGCUGAACAUGGAAGAGUUGGAAUGCGACAUAAGAUCGGAGGUUUCUUUGGCGGGUGCGCGCUCUUCGCAGCUCUCGCGAUAGCCGCAUGUCUAUUGUCCACCGGCGUGCCGUCAGCUGAAGCGUACGAUCCGCUAGAUCCAACGGGCAACAUUACGAUCGUGUGGGAUGUAACGAGCUGGGCGGGAGACGGUUACAUCGCGUGGGUGAAAAUGUACAAUUACCAGCACUACCGCAAGAUUGAUCCACCUGGCUGGGCGCUGACGUGGAAUUGGACGCACGGCGAAUACAUCUGGGACUUGACGGGAGCCGUGGCGACGAAGCAAGGCGAUUGCUCUAAGCUGCAGUUUCCUGGCGGCAAGAUCCCGCACAGUUGCAUGCAGUACCCCGUGGUGAUGGAUCUGAUGCCCGCGGACCCCUUAAAGCCCGACGCGCCGGGAGUGCUGAAGAACUGCUGCAAGGCGGGCUACCUCGGCGCCAACAAGACCGACCCCGGGCACUCGCUCGCUGCAUUCAUGAUCAACGUGGGUAAUGCCACGAGCACUGUGUGGAACUUCGUCCCUCCGGCGAAUUUCAGCCUGGGCGUGGACGGAUACAAGUGCACAGACCCCUUCCAAGUCAACGCCACCAUCUAUACCGACCCUACCACUCGCCGCGAGACCCAGGCCCAAGUGACGUACCACAUCGUGUGCACCUACAGCUCGAUUCAGAAGCGGGACCCGCCGAAAUGCUGCGUGUCUUUAUCCUCGUUUUACAACGACACGAUAAUACCGUGCGCGAGCUGCGCGUGCGCGUGCGGGAACUAUUCGUCGAGCUCGAUUGUGUGCGUGCCGACUGGGGGAAAGGUGCCGUAUCUGAUGUCGACGCCGAGUGGGGAUGGGCUGGAGCUCAAGACUGAUCCGACGGCUGUGGAGUGCAGUCCGGACGGGUGCCCCAUCAGCAUUCACUACCACUUCAAGCAAAACUACGAAGGCUUCUGGAGAGCCAAGAUCACGAUUAUCAACAGGAGUCUGUGGGAUAACCACACCAACUGGAAUGUUGUUGUGGAGCAUCCGAACAUGGGCAAUCUGACGGACGUUUUCAGCUGGAAGGCGGAGAACAUUCUCCCCUACGGAGUGAACAACACGGCCAUCUUCUUUGGCAUGAAGCAGUACAACGACGUGCUCAUGCCAGCUGGCAAGGGCGGCAACGUGCAGUCGGAAAUGCUCUUUGCCAAGACGUCAGAAUUCACGCUGGAAGACGGAUGGGUCUUCCCUAGGAAAAUUGUAUUCAACGGUGAGGAGUGUGUGAUGCCGGAGGACAUUCCAGCUUUGCCUGCGAAGCCCGCGCAAAGACAAUCCUCAUUGUUGGCUGCUGCAUUCGCUGGAGCUGCUGGUUUCCUAGCCUUGCUCAUGCUCGCAUGA